CUAAGUCCAUAAGAUGGCAGUAUUGCAAGUCUAAACGGGUCUGUUGCUCUAAAUUCUUUGAAGAAGAAGAAUCGCUCUUCGAACGUUUUCUGUAUGUGCGGAAAGGGGGAUGUUCACACUCAUACCUGGCAACGUCAAGCUCUUCAUUCAGCCUGUCAACAAACCGGUGCAUGCUAUGAUUGGCUAACGCUGGGGAAGUCUGUUAAUCAUUUUGAAGCCACCCAUUUAAAAUCUAAACAACAAUAAAAAAAAAUCAACAACCUGACCCAUGGACCACAGCAGAGUCUGUUCAACUAGAGAGGUGUGCUUUGAAGAAGACCAUGAAUGACAAACUAGUCUUCUUGGGCCUGCUGUAUUUUGUUCAGGGUAUUCCCUAUGGUCUCCAGUCUUCUCUGCUGCCGGUCUACCUGCGUGGAGCUGGCCACUCUCUCACCCGCAUUGGUUUCACCAAGAUCCUUUACUUCCCUUGGGUACUGAAGGUUCUCUGGGCCCCUUUGGUGGACAGAGUGGGUACUAAGCGUCGCUGGCUGGUGGGGACGGUGUCUGGCCUUGCACUGGCAUGUCUAUCCAGUGCUGCCUUGGCCCCAGAAGCACAUAUCUGGGGGGUAGCUGGAACUCUGUUGGCUAUGAACACCUUAGCCUCUGUUCAGGAUAUUGCUGUGGAUGGGGCAGCAGUUGGGCUUUUGAAAGGACGUGGGGAGCUGGGGCUGGGCAAUACUGCCCAAGUUGUAGGUUAUAAGGCUGGAUCAGUAUUCGCUGGAGGAGGACUCCUGGCUGUGAUUGAUGUCGCAGGAUGGAGUUGGAUGUUUAUGCUGCUGACUUUUGUGUAUGCUGGCGUGGCUCUGUUUGUGUGGGGGGCCCCUGUGCUGGACGAUGAGACUUUAAGAAGCCAACAGGCUGAUGGCAGGAAAGGUGGGCAGGGAACAGAAGCUGUAAGGCCAUGGAAGGUGUGGAGGAAACUGAUGGCAGUACCCGGCACAUCUUGGACAAUCCUUUAUGUGCUCACAUACAAACUAGGUGAGCAGGGUGCAGUCACCAUGUUUCCUCUCUUCCUCCUGGAUCACCACAUGACAGCCCGGGAGCUCGGCUUCUGGAACGGCGUUAUCGCCAUGGGCUUCUCCAUUUGUGGAUCUUCUCUGGGAGGCUUGCUGCUCGCACAGUUUAGAUACACCUACCUCCUGGAGAGUGUUCUUGAUCUGGCCAACUGUUGUGAAGGAUGUUUUCUUCACCAGGGGAAGGAUUCUUCGGUCAUCCACCACAGUUGUUUUCCGUGGUCUUCCGGGUCUUUUGGUGCUGCUGAGCUCACCGGUUUCUAUUGUUUUUUCAGCCUAAUGAUGGCUUGCUUCACUGAUAGUGACAGCUCUUUGGAUCUCAUCUUGACAGUUGACAGCAACAGAUUCCAAAUGCAUAUAGCACACUUGAAAUGAACUCUGGACCUUUUAUCUGCUCAUUGCAAUUGGGAUAAUGAGGGAAUAACACACACCUGGCCAUGGAACAGCUGAGAAGCCAAUUGUCCAAUUACUUCUGGUCCGUUAACAAGUAGGAGGCACAUAUGCAAACUGUUGUAAUUCCCACACCGUUCACCUGAUUUGGAUGUAAAUACCCUCAAAUAAAAGCUAACAGUCUGCAGUUAAAGCACAUCUUGUUUGUUUCAUUUGAUAUCCAUUGUGGUGGUGUAUAGAGCCAAAAGUGUUAGCAUUGUGUUGAUGUCCCAAUAUUUAUGGACCUGACUGUAUGAUUAGCAUUGUAUCUGUUUUUAAACCCUGUUAUGGCAUGGGGAUGGAUGGUAAAGGUAGUUAAGGAUGUGUUAAAAAUAUACAAGAGCCCAAAAACCCCUACCAGACUGCAGCUUGUUGUACCACAUAAUCAGAGGUUUUACAUGCUGUCAACCAUUUCAGUCUUGAUCAGCUUCCUCAUUUGAUUAUGCAGAUUUAUCCUUUACCUUCUCUUCUUUAUUAUUACACUUUGGAAGAUUGUGUGUGUGCGUUUCUGUCUGUCUGACAGUGUGUGUAUAGUAAUUUAAGUAAACAUUGCCUUGUUUGAGAGCACAGGGACCCCCUGUGUGAUGUGUGGUGUGAGAACAGCAAGAGAAGCACAUCCUUUACACACAUUUUUGUGCACACACACAACACGUGAUAGAAGUCACGCUCAGAACCAACAUGGAGGUGAAUGAAUGUCUAUUUUUUUUACAAACAAAUACAAAGAGUUGAGUUGAGUUGGCGUCCGGUUUCUCCUAUGCAUGUUUUAUUGCAGAAUUUGCAUGGGAUUUCGUAAAUGACUCCACAUUUAAGUCCAGCUAAUAUUUUGUCUUUUGGGUGUACUAGUCUGUUUAAACACACGAACAAUAGAACACAGAAAGGAGUGCGAGAAAGAGGCAAGUUGAAAACACACAAGAGCAGCAAAAGAAGAAGCAGAAAGCACAAUAAAGAAAUCAGCCGUAACAGAUCACUUCAUAAGAGAAAACCAUAUAAUGGACUGGGACAACACAAGGAUCAUAAACACCGAACAACAGAAAUACAAAAGAUGGAUAAAAGAAGCAAUCGAGAUAAGGAGACGUGGAUGUGGGACCAUGAACAGGGACGAUGGAGUUUACACGGUGGACCGCGCAUGGGACUGCAUCAUCGGAGAGGGGAGAGCGGGCAGCAGAGGGCGACAACGUCCUCUGCUGCCCGCCAAUAAACGGAGAAGGAAGUGACGCCACCAUCAGCGUCAGCCUGACGAAGUUUGCAGCGGCAAACGAAACGUAGCGGGAAAACAGGUAAACAGAACUGCUCUGUGUUUUCAAAAAGAACUACAGCAUGGAAUUAGAGAAACGACACAGCAAGAACACACCUAAGAUGUUCAAAGAUAAAACCAUUUAAACAUUAUCAAACAUAAUGGAACUUACUUCUUGACUGAAAAAAUGCACACAGGAUAGAAAUGAAGGUAAGUCCCUGUCAUAUUUCAGCAGAUUGCAGCGCAGGUGCACACAGCGCGAGCACAAAGUCACCAGCUAAUGCUAGCACCAGCUCCAGCGAAGAUGUGUUCAUGGACCUUCGUAAAGAUGGCAGCUUACAUCUAGGCUUUCCGACAGGAUUAAUUUCUGACUUUUAUAAUUCUGAAUAUUUAUAAAUAGAAAUCGCGAUUCAGACGUGAAUUAGAUUAUUUGUCAGACACCUCUAGUAUUUAUGGCCUGGCCCACCUUGGCUUGUGACCGUAAGAGCUGCAUUUCUGUUAGCUAGUCAGAGGUUAAAUAUUUAAAUGUUGUGAUUUUUAUUGAGCAAGAGUCGUAACCCUGCUGUUUUCUUAAUUAUACUCCCUCAAACAGGAGAACCAAAGCUUUAUUCCAUAGAAAAUGACUCACAAGGCAUUCAUUCAUACUAGAUACUACAGAAAAUGUGUUGAAAAAAGUGAAUGAGAACUUUUAAUUUUUUGCCAUUCUCAUUUUAUGUUGAACUUUUUAGAAUGUAGAAAAUAAAAAUAAAAAAGCAUUACGAUCUUUUGAGAAACAGCAAAUUUUCUGAAAUUUUCAUAAGUCCUUGCAACUUGACACUGUGCCUUUACUGCAGGACCACAGCUGGGUCUGUUGACUGAAAUCUUACUAUAGCACAGCUCUUCCUAUACCCAGUGUGAUGUAAUGGGAACUAUAUAUAACAACAAUGCUUUUUCGGUGGAUGCCCUGUUAGUUUACAUUCCAUGCAUUGUUAUAUUCCUAACAAUAAAUUCAAUAGUCAUUCGAUCUACAACGUGAGGAUUAUUUGCUGCUUAGACAGUUACAUACCCAGCUACAUCAACUGAUCACAAGUCAGUAGAGCUAAUGUAAUUCAUUGUUUGGAAAUGGAGAGAUAUGGUGUCUUUUUCAGAUGUUGGUGUCUGUGUCGAUAUUGGAGGUGUGUGUUAGCGUGCCCAUGUCUUUGUUCUUUACUUUCUCUGAUGUCAGUCCGUUUGGUUCUUUUCUUUUGUGAAGAAACACUAAUAAACAGAGGAAUUCUCCAAAGGCCAAACUUUUCUAAAGGCUAAAGUGCUUUGAAAAGCUGUCAUUGUGAUACUUUGGCUUUUGAUCUUUAACUCUGUCUUCGUGUCAGGAAGUGACAUGUUCACUUCACAUACCUCUUGAGACAGAAAAAUCGUGCAGCUGGAUCCAGAGAAAUUGAGUUUUAUUUGUUUCUCACCACCAGCCAGCUGGUUUUAAUCUGAGCUUCAGUCAUCUUGAACUAAAGGCAUUUCAAAUAAAUCAUAUGUAAAAGUACAGAUUCAAUCACUUUUAUUUAUAUCUGUAACAUUAAUCACCUAACAGACUGGUAGAGUGAU